CCCACAAUGCCUGCAAAACCAUAUCCCAUGUUUUUUUUCUGUUGGAUGUAGAUGGUGAGCUAACGUAAUUUAGAAUACGAGACAGAAGAAACACAUUGCAAGUCGGGGAAGCAGUAUCAAAACGAUUGAAGAGGAAGAUGGAGCUGUACACUCCAGUUCCGCCCUGUGGUUUAUUCCAUUGAACAUCAAGCAGAUUCUUGAAAACAUGACAAGAAAGUGAUUCCCGACUGCAUCUGUGGACUGUGUUGAGUGGUGACUCACAUCAUUGGACAAAACAUGGAUCCUGCAUUGAGUGAAAAGAUUCUCAGUACGCUGGCUGUCAUUGGGAAGCCGCCCGAAUUCGUCACAGCUCCCUCAGAGGCGAGUCGCAUCAACUGCACGAAAUGCCGCUACUCCACUAAGGACAGCGAUGCCUUUGAGCGGCACUGGGCUCAGCACGCAGGGGUGACCUUCACCUGUCUGAUCUGCGGCCACGUCUCCUACACCAAAGUGGAGUCUCAAAGGCACAAUGUGCAGCACUCCGGAACAUUCCCUUUCAAGUGCGGCUUUUGCAGCUACGGGGCAGUGAGGAGAGACUACGUGGCAAAGCAUAUACAGCGAGUGCAUUCCAAGUUUGUGCGAAAUCCCCGGUCUCAGAAUGUGGUUAUUAUGGGAGAUAGCGGCGCUGCACAGCCUGUUAAUACCUCUUCCAUCUUCCUACCCGUGGCACUGAAUCAGCCACAAGGAACCAAUCCAGCCCCAUCUAAUUACAAUUUUGGUGGGGAGUUGAAUAAAUCAGUAGGUACUGUGCCAAACCAAUACCAAACCAAUUCCUCAGUCCCACGUGUUAGAGUUACCGCACCUGCAGACAGUUUGUCAACACAUUUCAAUUCGACAAAGCCAUCAAGCCAGAUUACUAAUAUUAUACCGGUUAGGAUCCCCAACACAUCAAACCACACUAAUCUCAAAUAUGCUACUGCUUCAGGUUUGCUGGGUAUCGCUCCCAAACAGUCAGCAGCUAAUGUGGUGAAGCAGCCAGAGCGUAGAGCUCCUCCAAAUAUCUUAAGGAAAUCCCAGCAGAAACCAGCAGCUAGUGCUCCCCCUCCGGUUAACAACGGGUUUCCACCAGGGCAUCAGCAACCAGUAACUAUUACUGGUCAAGUCUAUGCAAACUUCCAGCGACGAACAGGUGUUGCUCCAAGUACACUCCGUAUUGUCUCCAGCCAGGCUAUGAACAGGGCUACUGCGGGUAGUGUGGCUUCAUUGAAUCCCAGAUCUUUCCAUGCACGUCCAAAUGCAUCACUGAAUACACAUCAGGGUUCAGUUGGAAUGGUGGCAAAGCCAUCGUAUUUCUACAGACAUCCAACAUCUGUUCCAUCAAACAGAAACGGAGUCCCUUCUACAGGUAGUCAGGCUCUUGCAGGUCAUUUCAACAAGGGUUUUGUUUCGGUAAAUCCCCCCUUGUUCAGACCAACUCCUGGUGCACCUCCCAAUCAGCCAGAGAAAAGGGUCAGUUUAUCUUCUGGAGUUGGUUCAGUAUAUGGUACAGCAAACAAAUUCGGCAACACAGUGGGUAACUCCCUUAACACCCAAAGUAGGGUUACGGGAAGCCAGAUGGGAAGUAAUCCUGCAUUGACUUCCCUGCUAUCCAGUGGCCCUUUAAGUACCUCUGGGAAUAGUCUAUCGCGUAAAACCAAUGAUAAGGGGUUACAAGCUCCAGUACAGGUGGAGCUGUUGGAACCACUCCACAAACAACCCAUUUAUGAACAAACCCUGACUGUGUCCUACCCAGAGAAAAUGAACAUACGCCCUGGUAGCCUGGUGGAGCUGGUGAAUGUAAAUAUGGUGAAUGGUACACAGGAGCUGCAGUUCAGGGUCCUGCCAGAGCAGUCUGUAGGAAGUUCCGAAAAGAAUGCUGCACCACCUACUGCUGCUGUAGGCACUGCUUUUAAGGAUGGCAUGCUCACAGUGGGCCAGGGUUUGUCAAGCGAUAAAAGGCUCAGCAAUACAGAGGCUUGUCCAAGGUCAAAGCCAAGCCCUGGCCAAGCUUUCCCUGUUUCAAACGCUGCAUUACCUCACAUGUCUUGUGUGCCCACCACCAAGAUCAAUACAUGCAGUGAAAAGAGUGUUGCGGUAAAAGAGGAACCAUCUGAAUAUGCCAGCAUGUUGGCAAAGGCAAAAGCAUACCAGUCGUCAGUAGCAUACCAGUCGUCAGUAGCCCCCGAAAGCCAACCCACUAGUCUCCCCACCAUUGGAGUCACAAUACGAAAAAAGGAAAACACUUAUUCGUCUACGUCUUUUGCUGUGCCCCGUCCUGCUACUGGCAGUCCCCAAAACUCUGAAUACUGUGACAUUGAAAUUGAAAGAGAGACCCUGCCAGUUAUCUCGUCUGUUUUCUCUUUGGGAGAUAAGGCACAGCAUGCAGGGCCUCAAGUUGAGAGAGGGCCGUCCACUGGCGAUAGUGCCAGGAGCCAUGGGAUGAGGACACCUGUUAAGGAUCAUGUAGAUCCCUUGUUGGUUCCUUGCGCCCUCACAGAGGAACUAGUUGAACUUUUUCAGACCGAAGGCGCUAAUGUCAAACCACCUGCUCAAAACGGGACUGUACACUUACCAGGGGGUAAAGCAAAUCAACCUCUGCAGACACCUACACUACAAGCACAGACAAAGAUCAACAAUGGACUAAACACUGUUCACCAGGGCUCCUCAAGUUCUCUCUCCUCUCCCAUGUUAGAGCCCACCGUACACAGACCAGCAGAGUCACAACCACCACCUCUGCGGUCACAAUGGUGUACUCCUGAACUUGAUGCCAAAGAGAGGACAAUCUGUGGUGUGCACAUCAGUGGUUUCAGUCCCCAGUCCUACAAGCAGCUCUUCACAAUGGUCCCAAGAGUGUGCUUAGCCAGGAUCUCAGAAGAGAAUCCGUCCAUCCACUGCCACAGCAUUCUCAAGCUUCGACUCAAAAGGAAAAGAUGUGAGACAGAGGAUGACAAGUCAGACAUUUUUGAGGCUCUUGCCCUACCACUGACUGAGGCAUGCAUGGAGCCGUUUGGUGGGUCAGACAGGAGUGAGAAGAAAGAUAGGUCCCCAGGCAAACGCAGGAAGCUCAGUGGCUCUGUGGACUGUUGUAAACCUGAGACUGAGGACGACCCGUCAGACAUUUUUGAGGCUCUUACCCUACCACUGACUGAGGCAAGCAUGGAGCAAUAUGGUGAGUCAGAUAGGAGUGAGAGGAAAGAUAGGUCCCCAGGCAAACGCAAGAAGCUCAGUGGCUCUGUGGACUGUUGUAGACUUUAUCUCACUCCAGUGAAAGAGGACCAGUCUGUGAAAUGGCCAGGCCCCAAUCAGCCAGUUGUUGUCCUCAACCACCCCCACCCGAGGUUGGGGGGAGAAAGGAGCCCACAGUCACCAGGCGAUGGUAGGGGAGUGGCUCCUCUGCGCAUUGUGGUCUUCAGAAACAGUCACAAAGUUGUUGUGACAGAACCUGUUAAGUCUCCGUCAUUGAAAAUGACGUUCACGAAAGUUGAGGGUGAGCAGUACCAAGUAACUGGGCUUUUGGCUGAAGGCAUCUCCAACAGUGUGGAUCUAUGAGUCUUAGAAGCUUAGCCUAACCCUUUUUAGGUGACAAGGCGGUUUCAUUUAUUCCAGAAUAAAAUGUAAAUGAAUGCCAAGUACUUAAAGUACUAAAUAAGUACUUUCUGUACUUAUUUAUUAUUUAGAAGUCUUGAACAUUUAACCCAUCUGUAGCAUACUGUAUCCCCUUUCAACGUUUAUUACUUUUAAUCUUUAUCUUUUUUUACUCUGCUGAAUAUCAGGCAAUUGUUAAACCACCCUAAAUCAAAAUGUCUUUUUACUGGUCACCAUGGGAUCUCUUUUGACAUUUAUUAUGUGGAAUUGUGUUGCUGUACUUUUGGUAAUUUAGUAAUGUCUUGCUAACCCCAAACGCCAACGUGAUGUGAAAUGUUUCUGCCUCGUCCUAAUAAUAUUACAUUUUUGUUCACAAAAAGCAAGUUUCCAAGUUUCAUAUCAUCAGUAUCUUCACUCUCUGC